GAGCAUCUCGUUAUCCUACCUGACAGACCAAACGUGCUCGCCCGUCGCGUGGAAAUCCGGCCUCGGCACUCCCCAAACUUUCUGCGGCUGCAUAACGAAGGUUAUGUUUCAUGGGCUGGACCGGUGUUUGAUGAUCACGUCGAUACAGAAAUCGCACGACGUCCGUUUAAGGGCUCAGUCAUGGUUGUAAAUGAGCAGAGCUGGAAAGAAUUCCAUCGUGCAAUUGAGUCCGACCCAUAUGUAAGGGAGAAGAUAUGGGAUCUGGAGAAAACAAGUUUUAUUCCUUUCCGUACGCUGAUGCGA